AUGAACAAGGAGGGUAUCUGCAGCGCCCUGCCUACCAUUCCCUGCCACAAGCUCCCCGACCUGCGCUACCUGAGCCGCAGCGUGUCAGGCACCGUGUCCUCCGCCCGCCACGCAGACUGGCGCGUUCAGGUUGCCGUGAAGCAGCUGCACAUCCACACCCCGCUGCUCGACAGUGAAAGAAAUGAUGUUUUAGGAGAAGCUGAAAUUUUACACAAAGCUAGAUUUAGUUACAUUCUUCCAAUUUGGGGAAUUUGCAAUGAGCCUGAAUUUUUGGGAAUAGUUACGGAAUAUAUGCCAAAUGGAUCAUUAAAUGAAUUCCUCCAUAGGAAAACGGAAUAUCCUGAUGUUGCUUGGCCACUGAGAUUUCGCAUCCUGCAUGAAAUUGCACUGGGUGUAAACUACUUGCACAAUAUGAAUCCUCCUCUACUUCAUCAUGACUUAAAGACUCAAAAUAUCUUAUUGGAUAAUGAAUUUCAUGUUAAGAUUGCAGAUUUUGGUUUAUCAAAAUGGCGUAUGAUGUCCCUCUCACAAACAUGGACUAGUAAAUCUUCACCAGAAGGAGGGACAAUUAUCUAUAUGCCACCUGAGAACUAUGAACCUGGACAAAAAUCAAGAGCCAGCGUCAAGCAUGAUAUCUAUAGCUUUGCAGUGAUCAUGUGGGAAGUCUUAUCCAGAAAACAGCCUUUUGAAGAAGUCACCAAUCCUUUGCAGAUCAUGUAUAGCGUAUCACAAGGACAUCGACCUAACACUAAUGAAGAAAGUUUGCCACUUGAUAUACCUCAUCGAACACUUAUGAUCUCUCUAAUAGAAAGUGGAUGGGCACAAAAUCCAGAUGAAAGACCAUCUUUCUUAAAAUGUUUAAUAGAACUUGAACCAGUUCUGAGGACAUUUGAAGAGAUAACUUUUCUUGAAGCUGUUAUUCAACUAAAGAAAACAAAGUUACAGAGUACUUUGAGCACUAUUCACUUAUGUGACAAGAAGAAAAUGGACUCAUCUCUGAACACACCUAUAACUCAUGGACCACAGGAGGAAUCAUGUGGAUCCUCUCAGCUCCAUGAAAGUAGUGAUUCUACUAUAGCCUCAAAGUCCCUGACAGCUCCUCAAGAAAAUGAUUUUUUAUCUAGAAAAACUCAAGACUUUUCUACACUGUGUCACUAUCCAGUAAAUCACAGUUGCAAUAGUAACUUCUGUUCAGUUCAGAAGAGGAAAUUUUGUGAUCACAAGACCACCCCAGGCUCUUUAGCAGUGAUAACUCCACUCUCAGCUGAGGGAAAUUCAGAGCGAUUACAGCCUGGCAUAGCCCAACAGUGGAUCCAGAGUAAAAGGAAAGACAUUGUGAGCCAAAUGACAGAAGCCUGCCUUAACCAGUCAUUAGACACUCUUCUGUCCAGGGACUUAAUCAUGAAGGCGGACUAUGAACUCAUUAGUACCAAACCUACAAGGACUUCAAAAGUCAGACAGUUACUGGACACCACUGACAUCCAAGGAGAAGAAUUUGCCAAAGUUAUAGUACAAAAGUUGAAAGAUAACAAGCAAAUGGGUCUUCAACCUUACCCGGAAAUACUUGUGGUUUCUUGAUCACAAUCUUUAUAUUUAUUUCAAAAUAAAAGCUCA